AUGGACCUCCCGCUGCCAGUAGCGCAGCAGCAGCGCAUCCAGCAACCCCAGCGCCCCUCGAUCUCGUACUUUGUCUUCCUGUCGCUCCUGUUCUACCUCAUGAACUCGAGCCAGCCCCAGGGCAACUCGCUCGGCCUCCAGCCACGCGACGACGACAGCUCGUUCCAGCGCCGCCUCGACCAACAGCGCGCCGCCUUGCUCCGCCGAGAAGCCCGCGCAGAGGGCAUCGCACGCUGGCUCGGCCAGUCCAACUCGUCCACCGACUACCUCGCGUCCGUCUACUACCCGCACAUCGCCAACGGCUCGGCACCGACCCUCGCCCCUCCUCCUUCCUCGGCCAACUCGACCACCUCGUCGCCGCCGCCACCUCCCUCGCUCACCGAGGCGUACCGCAUCCCGACCUUCGAGCCUCGCACCGACGGCGAGCUCGCCCCUGUCCCCUCCCUCGUCGCCCGCCUCUUUGCCGACUCGACCCCGCUCGACCCGGCAGGCCGCCCCGACGCGCGCGUCUACCCGCACAACCUCACGGGCUUUGCAAAGGGCACCUGGGCCCCCUCGACCUACACCUGGGCCGACCUCGGCCUCAACGAGACGUGGACGUCCGCGCGCCGCGUCGAGGUGCCCCGGCCCGACUCGCCGCGAGCCAACGAGACGGCGCUCGAGCCCGAGCGCGGCCCACCAUCGUCGCCGUCGCCGUCGCCGCUCGCACGUCGCGCGGCCCAGAACGCGACCUCGGCCAACUCGACGACGACGACGAUCGUCGUCGACGUGCACAACCGCACCCUGUCGCGCGGCACGUACCCGUGGCUCUCGCGCCGCACGUCGCCCUCGGUCCGCCGCGCGUCGUUCAACCUGCGCGAGGUCCAGACGUCGGCCGUCGGGCCCAUCGAGCCGCUGCCGGCCGACCCGGGCGAGCUCGACGAGGCGGCCCUGCUUCGGCUGCGGGACCACCCCGAGGCGUGGGCAGACUGGGAGCAGGAGGGCCCGGUCACGUACCUGUGGGGACCCUUGACGCUCAGUGUCGGGCCCGAGGACGGUGCGACUGAGGAUGUCGAGACGGAGCUCGACGUCGAGGCGGUCCACUUCAUCACGAGCGGGCGCAUCUACGGCUACGCGACGCCCCGAUUCGUUCGAGCCCACAUCGUCGACGCCAUCUCGCUCCCGCUCAUGUCGUCGUCGCCGCGCGCCAACCAGACGGCCCACGCCGUCGGGCACGCCAUGCUCAAGGAGUACCGCCGCCGUGUCGCCAAGGACGUGCGCGACCUCGACGACAACGGGCCCCGCAUCUACGACGACGAGGCCGACAACGAGCCGCACCACGGCUCGACCGCCGACGACCACGAGCCGGGCGUCGUGCGCGAGCCCGAGUGCGUGUUCAGCCUGUACGGCGCCCUGUCGCCCUUGCCGCCGUCGUACGACCUCGCGCGGUACGCCGAGCUGUACACGUCCCUGUUCCGGCCGUCGGGCGCCUCGACGGCGCGCCCGCCGCCCUCGACCCUGUCGGCCGUCCUCUCGAGCGCCAACUGCGGCCUCGUCCUGUCGGUCCCGUCGGCGCGCCUCACGUCGACGCAAGAGCUGUGGCUCGAGGCGGCCCACUUUGGCGUGCUCUUCGUCGUUGCCCAGGCGGGCGCGCUCGUGCUCCUCGUGCGGCAGCUCGAGCGUGCGGCGGCGAGGCCCGGCACGCUCGCCAACGUCCAGCCACUCGGCCUCAUCAUGGUCGUCAUCGUCGACCUGUACGUCUUCAUCGUGACGCUCCUCGUCGGCGUCAUUGCCGACUCUCGAGCGUCGCUGCCGUUCCUCGCCGGAGCGUUCCUCGCUCUCCUGUCGUCGGUCCUGUUCGGCCUGCGCUACAUCGCCGUCAUCCGCGAGGCGACGCCUGCACCAUCGCCUGCUCCCGCACCCGCACCUGCACCUGCACCUACACCCGUCGCACCUGUCGAGCCAGGAGAAGGAGGAGAGCCUCGGGCAGAGGUGACCGCGAGGGACACCUCGCUCGCCGUCACCGUCUUCGUCACGGCCAUCACCCUCAUCUGGCACGGCUGGACGCCCUUCUUCCUGUGGCUCCUCUACUCGUACUGGCUUCCGCAAAUCGCCCUCAACGUGCAGCGCGGCACGGCGCGCCAGUCGCUCGGCGACGAGUACAUCGUCGGGACGACGCUCGCGAGGCUGAUGCCGCCGCUGUACUUCUGGGCGUACGAGGGCAACUGCAUGAUGGUCGACACGACGCCCAAGGUCUACUACCUCGCCGCCUACUCAAUCGCCCAAGCCGCCCUCCUCCUCGCCCAGUCGCACCUCUCGCGCAUCUCGUCGUCCACGUCCUCUUCCUGGUCGUCGCGAUACCUCCCCCCGGGCGGCGCGCGCUUCUUCCUCCCCGCCGGCGUCAUCCUCGCGCUCGACCUGCCGGAAACGACCACCUGGGACUACCACCCGCGCACGCUCCCGCCCUCGCUCGCCGCCGACCUCGAGACGGGCAAGGGCGACUCGGCCGCCGCCGCCGUCGAGGAGGACUGCCCCAUCUGCCUCUCGCCCGUGCACGUGCACCCGACCAAGGCCGAGCGCGCUGCGGGCGAGGCCGACGACGUGCGGCGCCAGGCGGCCGUCACGCCGUGCGCCCAUGUCGUCCACACCGAGUGCCUCGAGCAGUGGAUGCUCGUGCGGGCCGUGUGCCCCGUGUGCAGGGCGGGCCUACCGCCCCUGGCGACAUAGCGCUCGGCGGCGAGUGUAGCCAGAACCUUCUCGCCGUGUACCACUUUUCUCU